GGUUCUGUCGGGCCGUGACAGCGCCAAGAGCCGUUGCUUGCCGGGUCCUGGGUCCCUGGGUUCCUCAUGGGGACUUCCCUGUUUGACAUCUAAAUUUACACUGACAAGGCAAGCAAGGCUGUUGUGCUCGUGUGAUACCCGACGGCUACUCUUGACGGGAACCUUAACACGAGAAGGGCAAUUUUCUCCGGACCUGCCGUUGUGCUACGUACGUAUCUUUACUCCAAGUCGAAGGAGCCUCUGAAGGAGCCAGAGGUUGACAUAUAGGUCAGACGAGCUGCAAGUUCAUUCAUCUCAAGUCGGAGAAUCUUCACAGAAUCCUCACCAAAAGUGCAAUUCACCAUGGCACAGAGGGUGUCCCUCAAGUCAUUUUUGGCUACAGCCCGCAAGGCACUCACGGCACCUCCAUCUCAAAGACCGAAUCCUCUUACUUUUGUGGUAGGAAAUGAGUCUGCUGACCUGGAUUCAAUUUGCUCAGCCGUCCUCUAUGCCUACUUCCGCACCCAUGCCCCUUCAUCCCAGUCAGCUCUCCACAUCCCGCUCUCCAACCUUCCCCGUGCCGACCUUGCCCUCCGUGCUGAGCUCAACGCAAUCUUCCCCCCCUCCUCCAAUUCAGUCACCCCAGACGACCUGAUCACCCUCUCCGACCUCCCUUCACCUUCUGAUCUGCCACCAUCAGCAACAAAAUGGUACCUAGUCGACCACAACGUCCUCACCGGCGACCUCACUAAGCGCGGUUACGACAAAUCCGUCGUAGGCUGCGUCGACCACCACGAUGACGAGGGCAUCAUCCCCCCCGACGCCCAACCAAGAGUAUUCGCCAAAUGCGGCAGCUGCAUGAGUCUCGUUCUCUCACAGUGCGAACCAAUCUGGGAUCAGCUCCAAAGCCACCAAGAAAUCGACGAGGAACUGGCCAGGGUGGCCAUGGCUCCCAUCUUGAUCGACACUGUCAAACUCACUUCAAAAGAUAAGACCACAGACUGGGAUGUCAAUGCCGCAGCGUAUGCGGAGGAGAAGCUUGUUGCCACUCUCAGUGUUGCCAGGUCAAACAGGCCAAGAUACGACAGAGAGAAGUAUUUUGAUCAUCUUUCGGAGCUGAAGGAUAGUAUCCUUCACCUGUCCUACCGCGACAUUCUCAGAAAGGAUUACAAAAAGUGGACCGACGGGUCGCUGAACUUGGGGGUAUCAACCGUUGUUCAGGGCUUUGAGACUUGCUUGGCUGAGGUAGGGGAUAAGCAGACGUUCUUGGCUGCUCUUAAGGACUGGGCCAAGGAGCAGCAGCUGGAUAUUGCGGCGGUUAUGACAGUCUCCAAACCGGGCGGUGUCUUUACGAGGGAGCUGCUUGUUUGGGGGUUGGGUGGUCAGGACGCUGUGAAGGUCGCGAGAAGAUUUGCCGAGAAGAAUGGGGGGUCACUGGGGCUGGAGAAAUGGAACAAUGGAGAACUGGAUGGGGAGGAGGGUGGUGAGUGGAGGGCGUGUUGGAGGCAGAUGGAUGUUGGGAGUAGCAGAAAGCAGGUGGCUCCCAUGUUGAGAGAGGUCAUGAAGGAGUCUGCGAGGUUGUAAAAGAAACAGAAAAUUGAGUGUGACACAAAGCCUUCAUACCCAGAGACUUUUUCACGCUG